AUGGAAACGCAUAAUUUGCAUAUCUAUCUAUCUAUCUAUCUAUCUAUCUAUCUAUCUAUCUAUCUAUCUAUCUUUCUCAUAUUAAAAGCGUUCAAUGCGCACAUCAAUGUCGAAUAUUGCCAUUUAGUUCGCUUCAUCAAGUAUGUAUGCAAGUACAUCAACAAACGGACUGAUGCUGCAAUGUUUGGUAUUAAGCAGGGAGGUUCCGUAGACGAAAUCCAGGACUUCCUUGCAGGGCGCGUCAUUAGUAGCACAGAGGGCCCUUGGCACAUAUUCAGCUUCCCCAUCCACGAACGCUUCCCAGCAAUCGUCCAGCUUGCUGUGCACCUAGAAAACGACGAACUUAUUAUUCGUUAUUUUUCUGCGGAUACAGCAAUGGAUGUGUCUGCGCGUACCAAAGACACAACGCUUCCAGCGUUCUUCAAACUUCGUCGACAGGAAGAUUUUGCUAGGACUCUACUGUACCCAAAUGUGCCUUCAUACUACGUGUGGACAAAAAAGAACACCUGGGCUCGGCGGAAGUGCGGGGCCAACCUCGUGGGUUACCCAGGCGUCAAAAAAGACGCCACACUCGGAUGGGUAUUCACGAUUCCCCCAUCGCGACAGGAAUGUUUUUACUUGCGACUCCUUUUGCACGAAGUUAGUGGUCCAACGAGCUACAAUAACAUACGGACGGUUAAUGGAGUUUUAUUUGACACUUUUCGUGAGGCUUGCCUCCGUCUCGGCCUUUUGGAAGACGACACCCAGUGGGAUGCCAUAAUGGAUGAGGUAGCUCUUUUAAAAAUGCCCUCUGCUUUGCGCCACCUCUUCAUCACAAUCUUACAAAUGUGCGAACCCAGUGAUCCCAAAUCACUUUGGGACAAAUGCAAGGACAUUUUUUCCGAAGACAUACUCAGAGAAGCGCAACUGCUGUGUCCAACAAUGGCUCUUACAUUCAACGAUGAAAUUUACAACAGGGCGCUUAUAAUCAUUGAGAACCUGUUUAUUGAAAUGGGGGGGUCUCUCGCCGAUGUUGGGCUUCCAACGCCAGAUUCCUCCAGUCUCUCAAUUGAGAUUGUGCUGGAGAUAUCCUACUCUGUUGUAGAGCUCAACGCUUAUGUCACAACAAAUGAGCCAAAACUUCUAAUAGACCAAAGGGCCGUUUACGAUGCGAUCAUUGCACCUUACCCCCAACAUGCGCGCGCAACUAACUGGCGAUAUUGGGUCCGCCGAAUUUUCGAAUUCAUUAUUAGCCCUUGGCGAAGGUAUUAUUCCAGCGGACAGUAA